UUUCAUCUUUUGGUUUCGUUUUUAUUUCCAAUAAACGACAACACGGUGAACAGGUUAUAAGUUUUCCCCGGAGCUCCGUCUCUGGGACUCUGGUCCACUGGUGACGUCACAGCGCGGGGAGCGUCUGAAACCCCGAGAAUAAAAAGUGAAACCGGUUCUGCGCGAGAAAAGGGAAGUUUACGGCCGUUUCAGCAGGACAAACAUCUCCUUAAACCCUCCAAAAAAAACGCCUCAUCGACCCGUGUGUAAUGGAACUGGACGAGUCUGGGGGCCCCUGGGACCCCGCAGCGGGCGGGAAGCGGUUCGAGUGGCAGCUGCUGGUGGGCCAGCAGUGGCUCCGCGUGGACCACGAUCACGUGAUCGAGGCUCAUUACUGUCAGCCGGGGGCCAAAGGCAUGAACAUCCACACCAGCCAGGGGUGGGUGUCGCUCCCGCCGCCCCCUGCACGAGCGGAAACCAGCGCAUCCUCGCGGCUCAUUUUCAAGCGGGUGUUCAUCGACUUUGACGGCCUGCACAGCGGCGUGACGGCGGGGGUGCAAAGGCUCCGCCUCCCGGCCGGCGGGCAGCCGGAGGACGUGGGCUGGUACUUCCGGGACGACCGGCUGUGGCGCGAGUACGAGUCCCAGAGCUCCGUCAGCAGCAGAGACAUCGAGCAGCACUUCGCCCUGCAGCCUCGGGGGACGCUGCGGUUCAGCGUUGGGGCGACGGCCUACGAGCUGGAUUUCUCCGGUGGGUCUGGCGCGUCAGUGCGAGUCCGGAGACCAGAACCAGUUCCAGAUUUUCUGACCCGCGGUUUUUAUUCUGCAGCCAUGACCCAGAAGAACCUCGUCACGGGUUUGUGCAGGAAGGUUCGCCGGCGACCCAGAUUCACGCCCAGCACCGCGGGGCUCGUCUCCGCCUUGGCCCAGCCCACAUUCACCUCCUUGGCUCCGCCCACAUUCACCUCCUUGGCCCCGCCCACAGCCUCCCCCUCCUCCCACGUUCCCGGUGGAGGUUUCAGGUGGGAGUUCCUGGGGGAAGAGGGCCAGUGGACAGAAUACCAGGCAGAUAUCUGCUCCCUGGACAGCGCUGCCAUCGAGAGCCGGUACCAGCUGGACCAGAACGGGUCUCUGGACUUCAGGACCCCCAUGUUCUCCUACACGCUGCAUUUCUCAGGAAUGUGUCAGUUCAACAACGACCUCGGGACGACGAGGGCGGUGAGGAGGAUCCCCGACACCCGGAUACAACCGGUAAACAGGCUCGUCUCCACUUUGGCCCCGCCCACAUCCACCCCCACCUCCUCCCAGGUUCCCGGUGGAAGUUUAUUCCUCCUGACACACCUCCUGAGACAGCGCCGUCCUCCUGACACACCAUCGGUUUCUUCCCGCCCCUCCAGGCUCGUCACCUCCUUGGCCCCGCCCACAGCCUCCCCCUCCUCCCAGGUUCCCGCUGGAGGUUUCAGGUGGGAGUUCCUGGGGGACGAGGGACAGUGGACAGAAUACCAGGCAGAUAUCUGCUCCCUGGACAGCGCUGCCAUUGAGAGCCGGUACCAGCUGGACCAGAACGGGUCUCUGGACUUCAGGACCCCCAUGUUCUCCUACACGCUGCAUUUCUCAGGGAUGUGCCAGUUCAACAACGACCUCGGGACGACGAGGGCGGUGAGGAGGAUCCCCGACACCCGGAUACAACCGUCGGUCCGACGUGAAAACGCUGGUUUCACGUCUUUCACGUCGUCUUCUCUGCAGGGAACGGGUCAGUGCAGCGUCUCCAGCCAGGACAUCGAGCUCCAGUACCAGCAGAACCCGUCCGGCUCCGUGAAGUUCACCACCGCCAGCUUCAGCUACGAGCUCAGCUUCCCAGUCAUGACCCAGAGGAACCUGAAAACCAACACGACCCGGUCGGUGAGGCGGCUGUAG